AUGGCGGGGCCGACCCUGAAGAGACUCUGCUCUUCCUUCCCAGGUCUUUGGCGGCUGGCUAUGAUCCAUUUCUUCCUGGCUCACGCGGCCUACCACUUCAGCCGAUGGCUACCCAAACACCACCGACUCAGAUUCCAGGCUGCCGUCUUCAUCCUUGGAUUCUCUGCUCUCCUUCUCCAAAUCUACAUCCUGCUAAGACCAAAGUCUUCCCGCUACUGUGGGCAGCCCCUUCUCUACAACCUGGUCGGAAGCAUCGUCUUUACUUUCUUCACCAUUGGGUUGGCUUUGCUGCUGGUCAUGAUGGAGCCCCUGACAGGCGAGCUGAAGAUCAUCUUCUCCAUCUUUGGAAUGGGCUCGUUUGCGGAAGGAAUCUGCACGGCUAUACUGACAUCUUUAGCAGCACAAUGUGUCAAAACAACUCCUGAGCUCUAUUACACGUCCGUGGUUCUGUCAGUGAGCAGCAUGUUCUCAACCGCCUUCUUCUCUGUUCUGGGGCUAUUCUGGUUUGCCAACAUGGCUUCUCCUGGCCUUGUACUGAACAAGCAGGCGAAGAGUGGGAUCUGUUACGGACCAGUCUCUGAAUGUAGCUGCCUGUGGCACGUCUGACACUUCUGAACCAGGCGCCGAGUCUCUGCCCUGGUUUCCCCAGCAACCUCUCCGCCUGCCGUGG